GCGGCUUGUCCUGGAAUAACACGAGUGGGUCACGAAUGCCGCUCUCUUAUCUCGCGACGUUCCACGGUGUGCUCGCUCCCAUUGAGUUGGAGGCAGCUGGGACCAUCUACACGUCUGUCGUCUGUCUGUGUCUGCUUGUCGUCGGCGUUCAGAGCGCCUCUGUGACUGACCUGUCCAGUCUGAAGCAGCUUCUCGGUCAGCCUCAGACGUUCACGUGCACCCCGACAUGUGGCGCCGGUCAGUGCUGUGUCCACUUCUACACCCCCGUCCACGGGCGCCGACAGGUGCUGCAGCCCAUUGACUCCUCCCUGCUGCAGAACACCCACCCCGCAAUAACGACCAUGUGCAAGACGGUCCCGACGUCCGGGGGCAAAUGUCUUGUGCGGAACCCCGGGGAGUGGUGCGACUGCCACCCAGGCCUCACCUGCCAACCAAAUGGCAAGUCGGGACUUGACGCCUAUUUCGGCACAUGUGUCUAACUACUGAUGUCUACACGUGGCUUACUACCGAUGUCUACACGUGGCUAACUACUGCUGUCUACAGGUGGCUAACUACUGCUGCCUCCGCGUGUCUAAACUACCGGUUUACUGCUAUUCUGAGAGUGUCAGUAAUUAUACAUAUUUUUAUUUGGCAUAAAAGUGGUGUCAGUUAUA